UUGUGAUGCUGACGUGUAGGCAGGGAAGUUCCUGUUCAGCUUCCUUUUAGCAUGUAUUUAGCUGCUUAGUUCCUCCUCGUCUUAUGCAUCUGCCAUUGACAGUUUAAUUUAAAACCAUCAAAUGCAGUACCUCUCUGUCGAGUUGAAUAACAACGCAAGAUAAACCGGAAUAAAAGCAGAGCUGCAGAACCCCACAGUGAGCCCAGGAAAUGUAAGCAACGCUUCACCAAAAUACUGCGAAUGUAACAAAGAUAGGACUGGACAGUGUGCUGCGUUCCUCACACUGACAUCCAUCAGACACCAAGUUUAGUCAAGAACUGCAGUCUUAUGAAGAACAAUGGGGAAAAGGAGGGUGCCAGAUCUGUAUAGAGCCCCUUUUCCUUUAUACUCCAUUAAAGUGGACCCGAAUACAGGGCUGGUGAUCACAGCAGGAGGAGGGGGGGCCUCCAAGACAGGCAUAAAGAAUGCUGUGCAUUUCCUGGAUCUGCAGCUGGUUGGAGAACACCAGUACAGUGCCAGUCUCCUUCACUCUCAUGAUACUGACACACGUGCAACUAUGAACAUGGCUGUAGGUAAUGGUGUGAUUGCUGCAGGACAGGACGGAACCUGCUGUUUGAUGAAGUUCAAACACUGCACACAGAAAGGAGGCAAAAAUGUGCCGAAAGAUGCAGAGAACAGUGUACAGCAAGGUAGUGCCAGGCGACGAGCUGGGAAAGGAGACAGAGUUGGACAGGAUGGCGCUGCAGCAUCUGGAGACAUGUCAGAUAUGAAGGAUGAGACAGCUCAUAUCUCAGUGACUAGUUUGGCUGAAGUGCAGUCAGACCUGAACCCUCAGGACCCACUCCAGAAAGUGGUCAGGUUCAGUCCUGACCUGAAACUUCUGCUGACAGGAGGUACUGAUGGACACAUCCGAGUCUGGGAGUUUCCUUCCUUAAAGAAGAAAUUUGACUUCAAAGCACAUGAAGAGGAGAUUGAAGACUUGGAUAUGAGUCCAGGGAACAAGUACCUGGUGACAGUUGGCCGAGACUUUGCAUGCAGUGUAUGGAGUGGCAAUCAGCUGGCUAUGGGUCUAAACUGGCUUGAAACCAUGCCUCAAAUAGCUAAAAAGACUUAUCGAUAUAUGGCUUGCAGGUUUGGUAGAGUAGAAGACCAAAAAGAUGCCCUGAGGCUGUACACAGUGCAGAUCCCCCAUAGAAGAGACCGAAAACCUCCUCCUUGCUACCUCACCAAGUGGGAUGGCAAGAGCUUGCUGCCCAUGCUGACGUCUCCCUGUGGCACUGAGGUCAUAUCCACUCUCGCUGUUAGUGACUCUGGAACAUUUCUUGGCCUUGGCACUGUGACAGGAUCAGUAUCAAUGUACAUUGCUUUCUCUCUACAGAAGCUGUAUUAUGUACAGGAAUCCCAUGGCAUUGUUGUGACAGAUCUUGCCUUCCUGCCGGACUCUCUGAAAGACAAAAACAUUAAGGGGAAUAAUGAAACAGCCAUGUUGAGUGUGGCUGUGGACAGUCGUUGUCAAGUACAUACGCUCGCCAAUCGAAGAUAUUUUCCAAUCUGGCUGGUGGUGUUCGUCUGUGGUCUCAUGGUGGUGGGGGUCAUCCUCCUCCUACAAUAUCUCUUUCCAGGAUUUAUUUAAUUUUUACACAUCCAAAAGUGAGGAAUUAUGGGGUCUGGACACAUUUUUACAUCUGUCAGGAUCAGCAGUCCUCCAGACUACCAGGACUGUUAUUUGUUUGAUCUCUAUCAGCUUUUCUUAAUCGUUUUGUGUUCACUCUGAAGUUUAAGGGCUUAUUGUCGCGAAUGUUUAAAGGCUGAGGUCUUUUUACUGACAAAUCUAAGGAGCAUUGUAAAAUUGUAUGGACAAAUAAUUGUUAAUUGAUUAACUGCUUUGUGUUUCCCCUUUUUAUUCACUCAUCAGAAGCAGAAACCAGUUUACAGUCCUCUGUUAAGGGGCUGCUAGUGAAUAUUUGUGGAAACAUCUAUUUGUUUUUGGACGUCUGAAUUCAAAGCUACAGUAAUUACUUUUAUUUCACUGUGCCAUUAUUCAAGGUUGGGGGAAAUUAUUUAAUAUUACAUGAAAACAAAUGUGGUAAAAUGUGAGGUAAGAUGCUUUAAGCAUAUAAGAAGCAGUGGCUCUGUGUAAACCUAAUGAAAAUGUCAUUUUACUGGAGUGAAAACUGGAUUUUCCGUUUUUUGUAAUUAAAGUGUUACCUUUAAUUUAUAUAUUCUGACUGUGAUGACGUUGAACAGUCAAUGUAUGAAAAUGUGGUUGAUUUUUUUUUUUUUUUUUUAAAGACCCCCAUAUUAUCGUAAAUUAAUGAAAUGAUAGAAGAAAUAUUUAGAAAUAAAAUACUGGAAAGGUACCUGGAAAAAAAACAUGUUUCGUGUCUGUAAGUGGACUGUCAGAUCUCUAAACUCUAAAUAUUUUUAAAGCCUACUGACCAUUUGGGCAGUCGAAUCAAGUUAUGAACACAACAUGGUGAACUUAAACAGUUCCCUUUUUACAUAUCCACCAGUCACAUUUGAUUUGGUGUAUGUGUCCACCUGAUAUGAAGUUAAGAUAGACCAGUCAGCCACAGCAUUAUGACCACUGACAGCUGAAGUGAACAACACUGAUCUUAUUGGUUGUGAUGGCGGAGCGAAGCUUUGACACUCCAUUGAAAACAUGGUUCAUUUCUGGAGGCUUCAAUGACACACAGUGCUCGAGUAGGACAUCUAGUGGUCAAUAAAAUGAAGUUCAAUCAA